AUGUCCUCCGUCGCUCGCGCCAUCCGUCCCUUUGCUUCCCGGGCCCUUGCCCAGAAGCCUCUUACCUCCGCCUGUCAGGUUUCGCCUGCUUUCCGUUUCCCGCGGGGAACCAGGAGCUUCUCUCAGAGCCCUCUCUGUGAGUGCCAUGCACCCCCAAUGCUGUUAAAAGCUGCACAGGACAAUGUUCAAGACAUUCGGACCGGCAUUGAAUCAUCAAAAUUCCUCAAACCUCAGUUGAAGAAGUACACAGAGUCACACGAAUGGAUUGAGCUGGCUGAAGGCGGCAAGACUGCCAAGAUCGGUAUCACCGAGUACGCCGCCCACUCUUUGGGUGAUGUCGUCUACGUCGAGCUUCCCGAGGUAGAUCUCGAGAUCGUCGCUGGCGAGCCCGUCGGCGCCGUCGAAUCUGUUAAGUCUGCCUCCGAUGUCCUCUCCCCCGUCGCCGGCAAGGUCAUCAAGGGUAACAGCAUCCUUGAGGAUAAGGCUAAGACUAUCAACGAGAGCCCCGAGGGUGAGGGGUGGAUCGCUGAGAUUGAGGUCGCUGAUGUUGCUGAGCUUGAUGCGUUGCUCGAUGAGGCUGCCUACAAAGAGACUAUUGAUGCUUAG